ACCUACCCCUGCAAGCCAUUGCCCUCGCCUAUCGCCUCGUGCAAGUCCAAGCUCCCACGACUCCACCGCGACCGGGAGAGAGUCAGAGAGAGACGCCCGCCUCCAGAUCGUCCGGCGGGGAUGGCGGCGUCGGUCUUUCCAGCGCUGCUGCUGGCCGUAGCGGCGGUGCUUCUCCUACCGGUGGCAGAGGCCGUGUGGCUCGAGCUCCCGCCGUCGGGGACCAAGUGCGUCUCCGAGGAGAUCCAGCCCAACGUCGUAGUGCUCGCCGACUACGCUAUCAUGUACGAGUCCCACCCCAGCUCGCAUCCCACCGUCGCCGUCAAGGUUACAUCACCCUAUGGCAAUACUGUGCAUCAUAAUGAAAAUGCUACAACGGGCCAGUUUGCAUUCACCACUUCAGAAGCUGGAAACUACCUUGCAUGUUUCUGGAUAGACAGCGUGGAGAAAGGAUCAGGAACAUCUCUAAAUCUUGAUUGGAAGAUAGGGAUUGCUGCAAAGGACUGGGAUACUAUUGCUAAGAAAGAGAAAAUUGAGGGCGUAGAACUAGAGCUUAGGAAACUUGAAGCUGCAGUCGAGUCCAUCCAUCAUAACUUGCUGUAUCUCAAAGCAAGGGAAGCUGACAUGCGAACAGUGAGCGAGAGAACGAAUUCUAGAGUUGCCUGGUUCAGCAUCCUGUCAUUGGGAGUCUGCGUUGCCGUCUCUGUGCUGCAGCUGUGGCACCUUCAAGGGUUCUUCCGGAAGAAGAAGCUCAUUUAAAUUCACGUUUUAUCAGUGUGUACUUCCCGUGUUAAAUACCUUAGGAGGACAAUUGUCAAAUUUAUUUCAAAAGGAAACUCGUAUGAUGGACAAAACAUGUCUUUGAUACAUGACUUGAAACUAGCAACCUAUAUUCCGUGGAAUUGAGGUCG